CUGCAGAGUGACGCACUUCCGGUUGUGCUGCUUAGUGUGCGGCGUUUCCAGAGACGCGAUGGCGCAGCAGUGUUCAAACGAUAUGGCUGAGGCUACGGCUACGCGUACAGCCUCAGCGUCGAAGUCGGCGAACACAGUUCCCAAAGAGCUUUUGUCGCUGGACCCGAAGCUUCAGACCGAGUUUCAGAAGCGUGUGGCUAGUGUCCGCAAGCGCGGGGCUAAUAAGCCAGAGAAACUGACUCCUGGAGUGGUAUAUUUGGGUCACCUUCCCAGAGGACUUUAUGAACCUCAACUCAAGGAAUACUUCACUCAAUUUGGAACUGUCAAAAGACUCAGGCUUUCCAGAAGUAAAAAGACUGGAAAUAGUAAGGGCUAUGGAUUUUUGGAGUUCGAAUCUGAUGAUGUUGCUAAGAUUGUUGCUGAUACAAUGAACAACUACCUUUUUUGUGAAAGGCUAUUGAAGUGUCAUUUUGUGCCACCUGAAAAAGUACAUGAAGAACUUUUCAAAGGCUGUGAGAUUCCAUUUUCAAAGCCCUCUCAUCCAGCAGUAAAACGUUAUAACAAGGAACGAACAUAUGAAGAAAAGAUAAGAAUGGAGAAGCGAUUUAAAAAGAAAGAAAACAAACUCCGAAAGAGAUUAGCUGAAAAAGGAAUAGAUUACACAUUUCCUAAAUUAGUUUUACGAAACAGAAGAAAAAAGAAGGUUGCAGGAACUACUUCUCUUCAGAAGACUGUUGAUAAUGAGGAAUUACCCAAGAAAGAGAAAAUGAAUGUUUCAGAUACUGCCCUUGAUACUGUGGAUAGCCAGGGUGCCACACCCAUUUGUUCACCAACAUUUUUAGAGAGGCGAAAAGCUCAAGCAGCUGAAAUGAAUGAUGAUGAUGAUGAUAAUGAAAUUAUAUUUAAGCUACCACCAAUUAUUAACAAGAAAGGAACACCAUUGACUCAGACUCCACCAAGUUCAAGAAGAAAAAAGGCAAAGAACAAUAAAGGAUUAUCCUGAAUAUCAUAUCUGCCCGGGGAACUUGGGUUUUGUUAUUAGAACCUAUUCUUGUAUAUAUGAUGGCAGUUUUGAGUGGUUCUUCUUAACCAUUUGUUCAUUGUUAAUUUUGUGGGGAAAAUUUUUUGUAAAAUUCUUCCAUUACCAAUAUAGAUGAUGCUAACUGACUACUUUGCUUUAAUAAUGUUUGAAGAAAUUAUUUUACUUUUAUAGAAGGAAGUAAAAUUACAUUUAUAUUUACUGAUGAUAAAAUAAGGUAAAUGUUUCAAGUUUUGUUGAUGUAGAAAGGUAAUAUUCUGAUUUAGAGGAAAUAACAUGAGUACAUAAACAGGGAUAUUUUAAAAAUGUUCUCUAAAAGCAUUAGUGCGUGCUACCUUUCAGUUGCUAUACUUGUGCUGCUAGUUAUGCAAAUGUUCUCUGCUUCUAUUGCUUCCAUGUUGCCCACCUAUCUUAGGUGAAACUUGUGGCUGAAAGGAACUCUUAUUACUGAGUACCUAACUAAACUACAUUGUUUUUUGGCAUUAAUUUGUGCCCUAAUCUUUGGCCAGCAUAAUAACACACAAGGCUUCAUAUCAAAGACAUGAUGUACUUUGUAACUGGACCUAUAGUAUUUGGCAAUAAUAUUAAGACAUUACAACCAAAUAUCCCUAUAAAAUUGUUCAUUGUCCAUAAAAAUGACUAUUUAUAAAGCUUCUAUCCUACAAAGCAAGCUGUUCCUAUAAUAAUGUUUUAACUAAUGGUUCAUUUUCAUGGAGCCUAUGUUAGGUAAGAGUUAAUGUCUGUACACAGCUACCUCAAUAGAAGUGUCCAUUUUGUAGCAAUUCACCUUUAAAUUAUAUUAAAAUCCAAGAAAAUGUAUGUGAAGUACAACAGGAAAUUGAGAAUUCCUAAAAUAAGGUCUUAUCUAAUAAGCAGAAAAGAGUAAUUCAGCUAGUCCGCAAUUGUCAAUAUCUUGACUUCCAGACAUCUGUACAUAUAACAGUUUAGCCUGAAGCGCAUGUAUUUAUUUUAAGUGCUUACUCUUGGAAUUUGAUAAAUGAGAAAUGCUAACUACAUCACCUCCAUCCGACCUUAUUAAAUGGCUGGUCACUGCUGUGGGAAAUAUGAGGGUGGGUGGUGUCAUGUCUGCUAUUUUCUUUCCACAUUUUAGCCUUCAAGUUGGGACAUGUAAUAGCCACUGAAUGUCAACAUCAGAUAUAAACGGUUAAGUUCUGAGGCUGAUCUACAGAUCCUCCUAUAGUGGUUUUAUAAACAUAGACCUGUGGUUGUAAGCAUGAUUAAUAAUAUUGAUUCUAUAAAAGCAUUUUAUAAAUUCAGACCACCAAGUUUAAAUAUUUUACUUUAGGAACACUAUCUUCAAUAUAACUGGAGUAGCCAUAAAUCUGCCAUGACAAAUUACUAAAAUGUAGCACCAACAAUAAGCAUUAAGCAUUAUGUGCCAGGCAGUGUAAGAAGCACUGGAGAUGAAAAGAAAACCAUCCCUAACCCUUAAAAAGAAUUCACAUUCAACACAUACAAGAUGUGAAUAAGAGGGAGGACACUAGAAGUGGGAAAGACCGGGACACUGGCACAAGGGAGAAUUUGAAUUGUCUUAAAGGAGCCAUUUUAGGUGUGGGGGACAGACUGCAAAAAGCCACAAAAUGAAGUAUUCUGUGGUCAAAGUACAGCAAAGAAGGCUGAUAAUCUGGAUUGUUGAUGCGUGGGGUCAUCUGUGUGUCAUUCUCAACCUGCUAUUCUUGGCUCCCAUAUAUUUUUCAAUUCUUAAUAGAUUAAUUGAAGUUUAAUUCGAGAAACUGAAUUUAAUUUUUCUACCUUCACUUCAUCCUUUUCCCACUCUAUCUCCACUGCUACCUAGCUUCCCCAACUUAUGUUUUCAUUAGAUGACUAGAACCUAUAACAUUUUUGGUCAUGCACGUGUUUAUUUUCAUAGAAACAAAGUUUAGCUGGUAAAAAGAUAUAAAAGGAUUCUCAUCCUGAAUAUAUUAAAUAUCUCAUCCCAAUUUUUCAUGGGAACUUUAGAAAGUACAACUUUUGAGGCUAAUAUGUAACCACAGACUGGAAUUUAGUGAACUAAAGUGAACAUGAAAGCAGAUUCAAUUUGUUAGUGGAGAUCAGUGGAACAUGAUACAGUAAUUUUUAGAUAUUCCCUCUAGUUAUCUGGUUGAUCCUGAGUACAAGGAACAGGCAGAGGCAAGACUUGGAGGCCUACUUGAUUCCUAAAGAACAAAUGUCUCUCAUGUAUAUAUAAAGGGCAUAUUCUGUCUACCAUGAGCUCUUUUCCUUUCUCUGGUUUUUGUGUUCUGCCCCCUGUGGUAUUAGAUGCACACUAUGAGGAGAAUUAGAGACCCAAAUGAUUGUAAAUGAGCAUGAAAUAAGUCAAUAAGCUUUAAAUGUCCUCUUGGGUAAACUUUUUAACCCUUCCAUCUUAGAAUCAAUACUAUGUAUUGGUUUCAAGGCAGAAGAGUAGUAAGGCCUAAGCAAUGAGGGUUAAGUGACUUGCCCAGGAUGCCCAUUUAGAUAAACAAUAAAGACUAUAAACUUCUAAUAGUGGUAAUUCAAAGUCAUAAAUCUAGCAAGAAACAUUUUUGGAAAAGAGAAAGGUUCUGCCUCUUCACAGUAGAAAGAUUUCAGUUCUUUCCAUCAUGGCAUAUUAGUAUAAACUACCUUCUGUGAUCAAGAUGGUAGAGUGAGUCAGACAUUUUUAAUUUAUUUUUUUGGUUACAUUUUAAGUUCUGAGCUAUCUUCCUUCCCUCCCCACACUAGAAAAAGCUAUAAUUUCCACAAACACACACACACACACACACACAUAUAUAUAUAUAAACUACCAUGCAUAUAUCUGUUUAUGAGGUCUGUCUAGAAGUUGACAUGCACAGUUAUUCUUCAAAUAAAAUUUGUUGCUAUAUAUAA